UAAUUCUUGUUAUUUUCCAAAUUUGCAUACUAUGCAACAACCUCCUUUACAGGAACCACAUCUCUCAGACAGAAAACACUAUAGAAGAAAAUUUUCUGGCACCAAAAAGUCCUUCUUUGGUUUGGAAACCAGACCAGAGCUGUUAUGGGAGGAUUGGGUUGUCGGAAAAGAGUACACUAAGACAAUGGUGUUAAGAAAUGUUUGUAACAAACUACAGAAACUGCGCAUAAGAGCUCCAGCAUCCAAUUUUUUCUCAAUCAUAAAUCCUGAAAUUGCUGUUCUAAGCCCCGGAACUUCCUUCUCCUUACCAGUCACCUUUAGACCUCUUCAAAGGUGUGAGUAUAAAGACAGAAUUCAGUUUCAAGCUAAAGAGGGAAGCUUUCAAAUACACCUCCAUGCUGUGCCUCCACAUUUUGAGCUGAAGGUGCCCGAAACUGUGAUGCUCCCCCACUGUGCAGUUCAGCAUGCCACAAAAACCAGGUUCCCACUAAAAAAUGCCAGUAAAGUUGUGCUGUAUUUCAAAUGGGACUGUUGGGCUCCCUUUAAGCUCACUCCAGAAAAUGGCUUGUUAAAACCUGGUGAGGAGUGCCUGAUCUUCGUGGACUUUCAACCGCUGGAGGCAAAGGUUUUCCAGCAGCAGGCACACUGCAGAUUUGGAGAAGAUGGGGAAAAAAUGGAUAGCUUCUGCACUGUGCUUCUACAGGGCAUAGGCAAAUAUCCAUAUCUUCAAUUACAUAAUCCCAGUAUCAAAGAUAAAAAAAGCCAAGUUGAACCCGAGUUACACUUUGGGUCUGUGGCUAUUGGCCAGAGUUUGAGUAAAAACCUUCAGAUCUCCAAUCCUUCUCCUGUAAAUGUGUGUUUUUCUCUCUCACGGCUAUCUGGGGGGUCAGAAAUGUUUGAACCCGACUUCAGCUGGAACAUCACCAGUGGCAAAAUGGCGCCGGGUGAAUCGCUCAAAGUUACUGUCACUUAUUCCCCUGCUAUGGUUGACAUAGUCUCUGUGGAGUAUUUGUGUCUUAAUUGCAAAGGGGCACUCAACAAACCAAGGGUCAAACUCACAGGGAAGAGUGUAGGCCCCAACGUUUGUUUGUCCUCAUCUGUGGUUGACUUUGGGUAUGUUGAGGAAAAAGGAUCAGCAGUAAAAACAGUGGAGCUGCUGAACUCUUCCCCUGCUCAGGCCAUCUAUCAAUGGGACAUAGAUUGUAAGAACAGUGUUUUUACUGUUUUACCAGCAAGUGGCACUCUGAACCCACAUGGCCAUAUCAAAGUCAAGGUCCUCUACAAACCCACACACCCUAUAGCACACCACAGAAAAGUGGCCUGUCUCAUACUCCACAAGAAGCCUCUGUUUCUGGACUUGAUGGGAACAUGUCAUUCAGAGCCUCAGCAGCCAGCAAUAUUAAAGAACUCAUCAGAGUCUGUCUGUGAUCAGCAGAAACUUCAUAAUACAAAGCUGAACCGACAGGGGGAUCUAGAUACCGCUUCUGUCAUUUUGGACACACCCACAGAUAAUGAUAAUGAAAUCAGUCUGGAACAUAUGGAUCCUCUCUCCUCUCCAUCCCUUCCAUUUGUAACCAUUGAACCAAGCGAACUGCUGUUCAACCACAAAACAACAUCCUCUUUUUCUUCUUCAUCUGAUAUCUCGCGGUUUGUGUCUGUUGCAAACCGAUCAAAAACAAAACUCUGCCUGGUGUGGACGGUUAUCCAAGACUCCCCUUUUAGUGUUGCUCCUUCAUUUUUUGAGUUGGCUCCACUAAAGUCGACCACCGUGUGUGUGACAUAUGAACCAAAGCAGAUCAAUACCCUGCAUGGAGGAGAGCUUGAGUGCUUUGUAUACAAGAAAGAUCCUAAUGCUGAGCAACAUGUUCCAUGUCUGCCUCGGUGUAUGACUGUCAGAGUAAUCGGCCACUCUUUUCAGCCAGAAAAAGAGCGUUUCACCCCAUGCUGCAUUUUGAAACCUCAUCAAGUGGUGUUUCCUCCUCUGAAAGCCAUUUCCUGCCGGACUGUGCUGCUGCAGAAUAACGGAGAUCAACCUCUCACGUUUUGCCUGGACCACACAUCAAACAAUGCCUUGCCAAAAUCUGUGCAAAUCUUUCCAGCCUGUGGUUUGAUCCCACCAGAAAAACACCAGAUCAUCACCAUCAGGACAGUCCCCACAGAGGACAGUCCCAAGCAGGGCUACAACAUUCCACUGCAGCUCAAUGCAGCUAAAGUCAAAAAGGAACUGAACGUUGUGAGUGUUUUAGAAAAGCCAAAUGUGUCUUUGGAAAGUGGCAACACUUUAUAUUUCCACCCAACAGCUGUUGGCUGUAGAACCCAGCACCCCCAUUCCAUCAGGAACCUAAGCUGUUUGCCCAUCAAGUUCCAGUGGUGCAUUUCAGAGGCAGAACAGCAGCUUAUCUCUGUCGAACCAGAUGCUGGUGAACUGCAUCCCAACGAGAGCUUGGUGCAGAUGUGGUCCUUCAGUCCUGUGGCAAAGAAAACAUACACAUUGAAACCAACACUCAGCUUCUGGAGCAAUGAGUCUGACAAGAUGCACCUAACCCUAGAACUGAUUGGGAAGGCCUCAGCUGUCUCCAUUGAGGCAGUAAAAGAAGUCCUGGAUGUGGGAGAGAUUUUAGUUGGAAGCUGUCACUUAGUUGACAUUCCUAUAGUGAAUAAAAGCCCCUGCCCAAUUUAUUUCCGUCUCUCUGUUCAGCAGAUGCUAAGAGAACAUCUUCCUAACUUUGAAGAUAACAGUGCACUGCAACUAGACUGUGAAACGGGAACAAUUGCUUCACAUUCCACUUUUUUUCUCCAAUCCACUCUCAGACUUUGCACAAAAGCCCAGUACUUCUGGGCCAUCAGCUACCAGAUUGUAAAUGCCUCUGGCUCUAGUUUAAGCCGUCCUCAGAAUCUGUGUGAAGUGCAGGCUAAGGGGGUGUACCCCACCUUACAGGUGAUGGAUGCAUGUAGCAGCGGCAGCAUGGCCAGGCUCUCUAAGCAAUAUUUGUGGAAACUCUUCUCAUUAGACAACCUUAAUGAGCACCUGCUUUCCAUGCCCUCCCCUGCAGAGGUUUCUUACAAAAUACCCACCAGACACAGUCUGGACAACAGUCCAUCGAUCUUUAGUGAAGUGAUGUUGGAUUUCAAUUUUGGUGCUGCUCCUCUGAAUUCAGAUCCCUCAGAUUUCAUGUUGAUGUUUGUUAACCCUGGUUCUAUCCCUGCAGAAUGGACAUUCUUAUUUCCAGAGGACCAACAGAUGGAGCUGGAGGACUGGGCCUUAGCAGAUUACACAGACCUGCUCCCUGUGAAGAUUUCAGACAAACAACUCUUUCGAGUGUCCCCUCGUUCUGGAACUUUGCUUCCUGGCCAGAAGAAGGCAGUACGCUUCACUUAUAGUCAUGACUUCAUUGGAACUAACCAACUUUCUGUGUUGUUCAAACUCAAUUUUGGCAGUGAAAUUCUGCUAAAAUUUGAAGGAGUAACAGUCGACCAAAAUGAACCAUACAUCCACUUUGCUUCGAAUAACCAUACGUUCAGGUCUAUAGCUAUCGGUGACUCCAGCCCUCCACAACAGAUGUACGAAUUGUACAAUAGUGGAGCAGUGGCAGUACAUUAUGAAGUGGACCAAGCAGUGUUGUCACAGCUUCAGAUGGAUAACUAUAAUCAUCCAGUAUUGAGAUGCCUCAGUCCACAAGGAGACAUUCCUCCUGGAAAUAAAGCCACCCUUGAAUGGAUCUUCUCUCCACUGGAGGCUAAGAUGUACCAUAUGGAUGUUCCUAUCCACAUCCAGGGUAGGGAUUCAAAAGUAAUCAAGUUUGAGGGAUGUGGGAUUAAUGCAUCAUCUAACCUCGUUCAAUGCAAUGAUAAAAAGGAGCUCUUUGUCCAGAAGAUGCCAUUCCCAGGACAGGUGGCUUUCUUGUCUGAGGACACGGUCGUUUUGGGUCAUAUCCCUGUUUACACAACGUCUUCUAGAAUCAUCUUCCUCACCAGUUUGUCCAACGCAGACACUCUUCACUACCUCUGGGAAAUUCCCACACAGCACAAUAAACAAGUGUUACAAAUCCAGCCAGAGCGAGGCUGCCUUGGUCCAGGAGAGUUUGCUCUUUGCGUCCUGACUUACGUAUCUCAUUAUCCUUCUGUUGAUCAGCUUGAUCUCAUAUGUCAGGUUACUCGACAAGCUGCAUUAGUGCAGUAUCAACACGAGUUGAAGCGCUGGGAAGCAGAAAAAAAACGUCAGGAAGAUGAAUUCAUAAUCACCGACAAGCGUGCCUCUGACUUUCAAAGAGUUUUAGUUGAUGAGAUAUCCCUCACACCUCCUGCAAGAAAAGAGAAACCCCUUAUAAAAUACAAGACUCUUCCUCCUAUCUCUGGCAGCAACAGCAGCAAAACAGCUGGAAUUUUAUACCCCAAACAAACAAGAGCUGAGAAAAGGCUGCAGCGAGAAGCAGCGAAAGUAUGGAGGCGCCCCAAACCUCCUGAACCUGCUCUGCUGCAUCUGAGUGUGACAGCCCACUCCCAUGACUGUCUGGACUACUUCACACACUUUCCUGACCAGUACAAGAAACAUCACAGGAGUCAGGGUAUCGUACUUGAUUCUUCAGGCCAAAACCUCCCUGCUGAGCUGUUUUCAUCAUCACCGCCCAUUGGGAGAGAGAUCUUGGUGGAUGUACUUACUACUCUUUACAAAAAUCUACUUGAUGAUGCAGCUUUAGCAGAGUUUCUGAUGGCUUUAGCCUCCAAGCCUCCACCCUACCAGGCUCACAUUGCUACAUGUCCGCCCUCCAUUUUACCAUCUUCACCUCAACAUUCUGUUCUCAUGAAUUCGACAGUAGAUGGAGCAAGAGUAGCAGAAUGUUUAGAAGCAAUUCCUCUAAACCAGACACCUCCGGGGUCUCUGCAUGUUCCUGCAGAUUUAACUGACUGUGUUUUGUUAAACACGCUGCAGAACAUAAUGAUGGAGGCUGUGAGAGGAGAGCUGGUCCUUACAGCACACCCCCACAGCAUCAUGCUACCUCCGCGCUCGAUGAGGAGCCGGCAGGCUUUGGCUGAAGAGGACUAAUCUACCCAGCAUCCAACAGGAUCCUGGAGGAGCAAGCCUGUUGGGAGCUGCAAAAAAAUUGAGUUCAGGGUCUUCUAUACACCCAUUAAAUAGUUGAGAUCAAAGAGAAAACCCAAAGUGCCCAAGAUUUCUUUUCUUGCCAUGAGGAGCCAGAGAUGCAAGCUAAUUUAAUUGCUUCAGGAGCCAAAAAUAUUGUUCAUUGUUAAUUUUUACCUGAUUAAAGAUAACACAAAUGCACAAUAUUUAAAUGAAAGAAGCAAAUUAGUCCUAAUUCUAAAGAAAAGUGAUCUGUAAAUCACUUUUCUAUAAAAAGAAAUAUUACAUGAAAAAAAUAUUUCAAUAGGUUAUCUGGUUAGAAAAAAAUGG